CAAUGGACGAAGCAAAACAAACGUUACUGGACUUGCUCGAGAAGAUAGCUAAGGAACAAAAAUAUGUGAACGACACGGUAGACCUUAAAGAGGUCAGUGCUGGAGGCUCUAACAUAACCUCUGCGCUGUUCCUCUCGACUAUCCGUGCCGACGACAAACCAGACUUGAAACUCUUCGCUAAAGUCGCUCUAUUAAAUGAGCACGUACGUAAGAUUUCUCCUAUAAAAUGCCCGUUUACUACUGAACUUUACUUCUACACUAAACUAAAGAAGCAAUAUGAAAGGAUAGAAGAUAAACACAACGUUAUUGAGGAUCACAGAGUGCGCAUGCCGAAGCUGUACGGCUGCUGCGACGAGUAUCUAAGUGAGACCUUAGUUCUGGAAGAUUUGGUUGCUCAGGGGUUUGAGAAUUUCGACAGACACCAACCUGGCGACCUGGAAUACGUGACAGCCGCAAUCGAUCUGAUGGCCAAGUUCCACGCUUUAUCCCUAGCCUUUCACGAUGACGAUCCGGUUAGCUUUAAAGGGGCAAGCGACACGCUGGCGAUUGACACAUCUAUAAUGGAAGCGAUGAUACCGAUCAUAAAGCCUAAAAUGACGGCUAAUGCGCUCGCAGCGGCUCAGGGCGAGAACCGAGAGAAGCUGGAGAAGUUUUUCAAACAGGAACCGUGUCAGCUUCAGAAGUUUACGGAUACGUUCCGCAGCAAAAAUAGGAAUAUACUCGUGCACGGUGACUUUAAACCAAAUAAUCUGAUGCAUAGGCGACGAAACGGCAAACUGGAAAUCGUCUUAAUGGACUUCCAGUUGGUAUUCGACGGGGAUCCGUUGCGGGACCUGUUGUACUUCAUCUUCACUGCUACCGACGAAGCCUUCCGUCGGUCGCACUAUCACACCAUGCUGGACCUGUACCACGAGCGCCUGAGCGAGGCGCUGCGGCGGUUUCAGAUUGAUGUUGAGACUGUCUAUCCGGAGAGCACGUACAGAGCGCAGAUAGAAGAGUAUUCCAUGGUGGGGCUCACUAUCGCCGUGACUGUGUUACCUUUGGUGCUAAUGGAAGAGGAGGAUGUUCCGAAAUUCGACGAUGUGACUGACUUCGCAGUCCAAGGCAGCAAGCUCUACAAUGAGAGGCUUAACGGCGUUAUCAACAAUUAUGUGGAGUGGGGACUGCUGUGAGCUGUGAGCAUCCCAGCCUUCAUUGGUGAACAGCGAGCUGUAUAAUUGCAUGCAAUUGAAUGAAU